UAUAUAGUAGUGUUCUAAAAAGUGUAUAAAGCAUCUCGGUCAACAUGUUUGUGUAUUUAACUGAAAUUCUUUAUUUUGUUUAGAUAUUUAUAAUGAAAUGUUUAUAGUCGGUAUAUACCAUAUUAAAAAAUUAUUAAAGUUAGUUGAGCAUCUAUUUGAUAUAUAAUUCGUUCACGUUUGCAAUAUGGUGUCAAUGAAAACAUGUGAAGCCCGAUGUAUUGCCUUUCUGGCCAUAAUAAAUGUGAUUUAUUUUUGUGCUUUUGUGAUUGGUUGUGAUUGUAGGACAUUAAAGGAGGAAGGAAUUCAAAUUGUCAACAUCGGUGAAAAUGUUACAAUAAAAUGCUAUUCAAGUAACAAAAACGUAACAUGGAAGAUGAAGAAUCAAACUAUUGGCAUGGAUAACCAAAGAUUUGUCCGCGGCAUAUCCAAAACAAAUAAUUCGAACGAUAUAUCAGAAAUGCAAGAGAUGUAUGAAUUUUACUUAACCAUAACUGAAGUUCGAAUAAGUGAUGAAGGCAUUUACACCUGUGAGUCUAUGGAAACUGGUUUACUCAGCAAAAUAUACAUCCAGCCAUACUUGAAUACCAAAAUUGUUACUCCUAAUGGACAAAAAGUUAAACAAAAAAUUGGAAACCCUGUGAAAUUGUAUUGCGAAAUCGAAAUUUAUCCACAAAAUCAUACACUAAAAAAACAACUCAAGUGGCUAAAGGAUGAAAAUGCAUUUAGCUUCUUGGAUCAGUCUUCAAGUAUUGAUCAUGUGAACGAGACGUAUGUAAAUUUCACGUUAGAACUAACAGAAGUCUAUAAAAAAGAAAAUGGAUCGUACUCGUGCGUCAUAUAUGGUCUUAACGGGGAUGAAGUAACAAGAAAUAAUAUCGCCCUUCUGGUUAUGGAUGUGCCAAAAGUUAGCAUUGACUAUGUAAAAGCUGUUGGUGCCAGUAAGAUUUAUUUGAAUUGGACACUUAAUGAUGGAAAUGAUCCCGUUCAAAAGUACUUUAUCCAGUUUUUACAAGAGGGCAAUCCAGAUUUAACAUACUAUAAGGACGUUAUUGGUGGGGGAAACACUUCUUACGUUUUGGAAAAUUUUUUGCCAAACACUAGUUACGUACUGAGAAUGUCAGCAAAAAAUAGCAUUGGUAGUGGUGCACCAUUCCAAUACCCAAUGCCUGUCCAAACAUUGGAAAAGGAUCCAAUUUUUAUACCUAAAGUAAAAACGACAGGAAGCACAGCAUCCACAAUAACAAUUGGUUGGGACCCUCCCCCAAUCGAUUUGAUUCCGUACGUUCAAUACUACGAAUUAGUUGUGGCAGAGGCAGGAGAAACGCCUAAAAUAAUUGAAGAAACCGUAUAUCAACAAAAUUCUCGAAAUCUUCCGUAUAUGUUCGAUAAUUUAAAAACUGCUACAGAAUAUGAGUUUAAGGUACGAGCAUGCAGUGACUUAACGAAGAUGUGUGGACCAUGGUCAGAUAUAGUAAAUGGAACUACAAUGGAUGGGGUUUCAUCACAGCCUUUGGAUCUCACAGUCACUUGCAUUCACAAUAACAUGUCAAAAAUAAACACUGUUGAUAUUAGUUGGCGGUAUCCCCAGAAACCAAAUGGUAAAGUCGUCUCAUAUCAAAUUCAUUUAGAAGGGGUUUCCGCUUAUAGACUAAAUGGAAAAAUGCAAAAUGAAACUUGGGGGCCAAAAAUUAGACGCAUCGAUGAACCCCAUCACCACACCAGUUAUGAUGGCGUUGUUUCAAACACAAACUAUACUGUUACUAUAUCGGCAAUAACACGACAUCGAAAAAUUGGAGAGUCUGCAGAAGGUACAUGUACCAUGCCAGUGUCUGUGCCUGACGUAAUUAGUAGAGUCAUUUGGACUAAGGUUCGAGUAAAUAAUAACAAAUGUGUAUUUAAGGCCUUUAUACCUCGUGUAAGCGAAAGAAAUGGCCCAAUAUGUUGCUAUAGACUGUAUUUGAUUCGAAUGAAGUACAAUAACGUUGAAUUACCUCCGCCAGACAAAAUCAACAUAUCAACGUACCAAGAAGUUCACGCUGCAAAUAAUUCCAUGGGUGGUGCAUAUCUGGCGGAAAUGUUUUCUGGAGACAAUUUUAAAGCGGAAAUAUUUCUUGGUGACGGAAAACGGUUUUUUGAAUAUACAGCCCACAGCAGUAACGACGUGGACAGCGCCUGCUUCAAAUGUUUGGAAGGUGAAAACUUAAUAAUGAGUAGUCCAAAAACAAUUGCAGCGAAAAAUACAUCAAAUACAUACAGUGAUCCAGAUCACAGUCAUCACGCUGAACUUAGCAAUGCCAGUAAUCUUACUGAAUCAGCAACACAAAUUUUGGGAACCAGAAGAAAACGGAGAGAAAAUUCUCAUAUCAUUAUGGAACGCGAUGAUAAAAUGCAAUCGGAUAAUCAAGCUACGGAAUAUACAAUUCAUGGAAAUAUAUAUGACAUAUACGACGGCGAAAUUGAUAUGAAUAGCGAUUAUACUGGUUUUUUGGAAGUUAUUGUUCGCAAUAAUACAUCAGUUCUGAGAGCAUAUAGCAGUUACUUCGAAAUUAUAACACCUAGUUUGGCCGCCGAACAAAUGUAUACAGAAAGUGGAAUAGCAUUAAUAGCUUUAAUAAUAAUGCCUUUCGCAAUAAUAAUUGGUAUCGGUCUGAUAAUAUUGUUAAUAUUUUGCUUCGUUUACUAUCGAUUUACGGAGAAAAAUUCUGGAGGGACUGAAGAAGUUAUAAGUUUAAGAGAUUCUUUAAGUCGUGUUCUAUUUGGCGGUCGAUCAGGCAAUCAUAGACAUUUCAUUGGCACAAGCAACGGGAAAAUAACGGAUGUGGGACCGAUUCAUAAAUCAGAUUUGUAUGUUGCAUAUAAAAAUCGCCAUAAAGAUACAGAUUAUGGAUUUUUGCGGGAAUAUGAAAUGCUACCAAACCGAUUUAAUGAUCGGACAACUAAGAAUUCUGAUAUGAAAGAAAAUACAACGAAGAAUCGCUAUCCUGAUAUCAAGGCUUAUGAUCAAACCAGAGUCAAACUUUCUCAAGUAAAUGGUAUUCAGGGCUCCGACUACAUAAAUGCAAAUUUUGUAAUAGGGUACAAGGAAAGAAAAAAGUUCAUAUGCGCACAAGGUCCAAUGGAAUCAACAAUUAAUGAUUUCUGGAGAAUGAUAUGGGAACAGCAUUUAGAAAUAAUAGUAAUGCUUACAAAUUUAGAAGAGUACAAUAAGACUAAAUGUGCUAAGUAUUGGCCGGAAAAAAUUAUGGAUUUAAAGCAGUUCGGUGAUAUAACGGUGAAGUUCGUAUCGGAAAAGAAGCAAGGCGAUUAUUUAAUUCGGAUACUAGACAUAUUUAAGAGAAACACAUUAAACGUCGAAGAGGAAGAGAGUAGACAAAUAACACAAUACCAUUACUUAGUUUGGAAAGAUUUCAUGGCCCCAGAACAUCCACAUGCUCUAAUAAAAUUUGUACGUCAUAUAAACGCUGUCUAUUCAGUGCAACGGGGUCCAAUAUUGGUUCACUGCAGCGCAGGAGUCGGUCGAACCGGAACAUUGGUGGCAUUAGAUUCUUUAUUGCAACAAUUAGAAGAAGAAGACCAAGUAUCAAUAUUUAAUACAGUUUGUGACUUACGCCAUCAAAGAAAUUUCCUUGUUCAAUCAUUGAAACAAUACAUAUUUCUGUAUAGAGCGUUAUUGGACACUGCACACUUGGGAAAUACGGAGAUAAGUGCCAUUGGCUUAUCAAUGACUGUGGAACAUCUCAAAUCCAAGACGGAGGAUGGCAGGGAAAAGUGUAAAUUGGAACUGGAAUUUGAGAAACUUCAAACCAUAAAUGAUGAAACCAACAAGACUUGUUCUGUUGGUGGAAGUGAGCAUAAUGCGGUGAAAAAUCGAAGUGAACUUGUUCUUCCAUAUGAUCGGAACAGGGUUAUCCUUUCCCCAAUGCCAAACAAAGAAAGUUCGACUUAUAUUAACGCAUCAUUCAUCGAAGGCUAUGAUAACACUGAAAAUUUUAUUAUAACUCAAGACCCAAUGGAUACCACCAUUGAAGAUUUUUGGAGAAUGGUUCUGGAACAAAGUAUAACUACGAUAGUUAUGCUAUCGGAGAUUGGAGAUGGCCCGAGAAGAUGCCCUAGAUAUUGGGCCGAUGAUGAAAUCCAAUUUGAUCACAUUGUUGUAAAAUACAUGCAAAGUGAAAGUUGUCCAUAUUACACACGUCGAGAAUUUAACGUGACUAAUUGCAAAAUAAAUGACACACUUAAAGUAACACAACUGCAAUAUAAUGGCUGGCCUACAGUAGAGGGAGAAGUUCCAGAAGUUUGUCGCGGUAUAAUAGAACUUGUUGAUCAGGCUUUGAGCAACCAUAACAAAGAGAAAAAUGUAGGGUGCAAAUCACCACUUACAGUUCAUUGCAGUUUGGGGACUGACAGAAGCUCUAUAUUUGUGGCCAUGUGCAUUCUUGUGCAGCAGCUGCGAAAUGAAAAGUGCGUCGAUAUAUGUACAACGGCUAGGAAAAUAAGAUCUCAAAGACCAAGGCUUCUCGACACAUAUGCACAAUAUGAGUUCCUAUAUCGCGCUAUAGUCAACUACGCCGAUCUCCAUAAAUUAUCUUCUGAAUAAACGUAAUCGCAUCUGCUAUAACUAAACAAAGGAGAAGCCAUUUAUCACUUAUACUCAAAUAGAUUUAAUAUUUUAUAUAACACCGAUCAUUUUGUAUAAAAUCUCAAGAUAAUUUUGUAAGUUCAACAUACCAUUAUAUAUUAUUCAAUCUUAUUCAACUACUGGUAGCAUAAUGUGUUAAGCGGAUAACCAAAGGACUUUAAGUGUAAAAUUUUAUAUGUAUAACAAAUAAAAAGUUUUAUACAGAAAUUUGUUUAAUUAACUAUAAUAUCAUGUUUUUGAUAUCAUCUGAAACGCAUGCCUAGAAUGAUCCGAUUGAAUUUUAAAAUGCAUAUUGUUAAAUGAUUGGAGAUGGCCCGAGAAGAUGCCCUAGAUAUUGGGCCGAUGAUGAAAUCCAAUUUGAUCACAUUGUUGUAAAAUACAUGCAAAGUGAAAGUUGUCCAUAUUACACACGUCGAGAAUUUAACGUGACUAAUUGCAAAAUAAAUGACACACUUAAAGUAACACAACUGCAAUAUAAUGGCUGGCCUACAGUAGAGGGAGAAGUUCCAGAAGUUUGUCGCGGUAUAAUAGAACUUGUUGAUCAGGCUUUGAGCAACCAUAACAAAGAGAAAAAUGUAGGGUGCAAAUCACCACUUACAGUUCAUUGCAGUUUGGGGACUGACAGAAGCUCUAUAUUUGUGGCCAUGUGCAUUCUUGUGCAGCAGCUGCGAAAUGAAAAGUGCGUCGAUAUAUGUACAACGGCUAGGAAAAUAAGAUCUCAAAGACCAAGGCUUCUCGACACAUAUGCACAAUAUGAGUUCCUAUAUCGCGCUAUAGUCAACUACGCCGAUCUCCAUAAAUUAUCUUCUGAAUAAACGUAAUCGCAUCUGCUAUAACUAAACAAAGGAGAAGCCAUUUAUCACUUAUACUCAAAUAGAUUUAAUAUUUUAUAUAACACCGAUCAUUUUGUAUAAAAUCUUAAGAUAAUUUUGUAAGUUCAACAUACCAUUAUAUAUUAUUCAAUCUUAUUCAACUACUGGUAGCAUAAUGUGUUAAGCGGAUAACCAAAGGACUUUAAGUGUAAAAUUUUAUAUGUAUAACAAAUAAAAAGUUUUAUACAGAAAUUUGUUUAAUUAACUAUAA